GAUGCUGAACUGGCACUCCUUCCACCUACCCAAAUAGAAAGUGAACGUCGCAAGAAACUUUAUACACAGGGUCUGUACACUAUCCACCAACUUAAACACAGCGGCGAAGAAGAAAAUCAUCCAGAAUCAGCUCAUCAUGAACGGGUAUCCGAAAACAUUGAUAAACAGAAUCUUCCAUCUGUACAUCAAUCAAAACAAUCGUCACGGUAGACAGGAACAAACAGCUUCUAUCACAGAAAUACCUGCCCGAACAGCUAUGCCGCCAACCAUCCAACACCAAUCAUCGUCCCAACCAACAAUCCAGCCAUCCAACCCAUCGAUCGAUCGUCCGACAAAUCAGUCACAGCUACAGUCAUCAACAUGCUCCAAUGCCAUCUCAUCGACACGACCGCUCAUAAUAACCAGCACAGAUCCUUCGGCACCUAGAAUGGACACUCAACGUGAAAUUGCCUCAAUAAUUCAACGACCUCCAAAUGCAUAUAAUAUCGAGCCAACAACAACAAACCACGGAGAACAUCUGAUCUACCGAUCCAUCCCAUACGUCGCAGGACUAUCCGAAUGCAUCAUCCGCAUCCUCAACAGAGACUACAACAACAUCAUCAUCGCAUGCAGACAAACCAAAACCAUCCAACGUUUCCAUACACCCGUAAAAGACCCGAUUAGUAUGCUAGAUAGGAGUAGAGUAGUAUACAAAAUACCAUGCAGCAAUUGUAAACAAUGCUACAUUGGUAUGACCAACAACAGAUUACAAACAAGAUUAUACGGACACAAAACGCAUAUUAACAAACUAAACAGGCUAAAAGAAUUAGGGUAUAGUAAAACCGAUACAGAUAUGAUAACAUUGAGAGAACGAACAGCGUUAAUCGAACAUUGCAUCGAUCACGACCACAUGUUCAAUCUAGGCCAGGUCACAGUGUUAGACAGAAGCAAUCACACGAACACACUCGCAUUUCUAGAAAUGUGCCAUAUCACUAACACACCACACACAGUAAAUCAUCGCACAGACGUUAGUGGGUUAAACUCCACAUACGCAGCCAUCUUACAAACCUUUUGCGAAACAUUUCAAACCCAUCAAACAACUAAUGAUCCACCAUCUUCAAACCAACCGUUACCUCCACCAGAUGUGUAGUGCGAAGAAUUUAGUUGCUUCAUUAAGUGAAAUUAACAAAACUCGCUACGUUUCACUUAAUAUCCCACAUGUAGGUCUAAUUCAAACCACUUUUAGAAUAAUAUGUGUAACUAAACAUUGUUUAUGCCUGUUUACAGCCAAUGUUCAAUAGUUUAGACACCGACAGUUCUAUGUCAACCCAAACGAAAAACGAUUAAUCAGAAUUAUCCCCUGAAGAAGACUCUAAUACGAGUCGAAACGUUGGGAAAAAUCUAAAACUAUCGUUUUAAUUCCCCAAGACUGCAGUGCCGAAGUAGCUC